CCCGGAAGUCCGUAGUUUGACAGUUACCGUCCAAAACAUUUUUUUCCUCUACUCCUGUGGUUCACAGUGGAGCAGCAGGAUAGCAGGAUUUAUUACAUUAAGGUUAUAUGACGUGUUGGCUAACUAAUGUAGCCGUGACAGCAGUAAGUGAAGUAGUUAUUUUAGAGAUUUUUCGUUGAAUUUUGUUUCCAACUUUCUUCGCUAACAGUUAAAAGUUUUCCUGCUGCUAAUCUUAGUUUACCUUGACCUGCCGGCUGGAUCGGCUUUUAUGACACACGAACAACUUAUGUGAAGUUUUGUGUACAUAAGCAAGUCAUCUGCCGCCCGCGCACAUGCCUCGUUUGGAAAAGACAAAUCUCCGAGGCAGGGACAGGCCACAGUUAGACUGGAGGUUUGUGCAGAGGUUCUGCAGCAUCCAGAAGGUCUUGUUCCCAUCAUGGACCAGUCAGAGUGUCCUGAUGUUUGGGACGCUGCUGGGCGUUACUCUGGCAGAGCAGCUGAUCAUUUACCAGGUGGGAGUCCUCCCCAGCCACUUCUACAAUGUGCUGGCAGACAAAAAUUACUCAGGCUUCAGGAGUCUGGUGGGCACUGCCAUGGUGCUCAUUUUAUUCAACUCCACAUUGAAAAGUAUUGACCAGUACAUUUGCAAUCAGAUGUAUGUCAGCUGGAGGAAGACGCUAACAGAGAGCCUCCAUUCGGCCUACUUCCAGGGAAGAGUCUACUACACGCUCAACGUGCUCAGAGAGGACAUAGACAAUCCAGACCAGCGGAUCAGUCAGGAUGCAGAGAGGUUGUGCAAGCAGAUGAGCAGCAUGGCGAGUCGCCUGAUCAUCUCACCAUUCACCCUGACUUACUACACCUACCACUGCUUUCACAGCACUGGCUGGAUUGGUCCUGUGAGUAUCUUUGGUUACUUUGUAAUCGGGACUAUUGCCAAUAAAAUCCUCAUGGGGCCGAUUGUGUCAACUCUCUUUGAGCAAGAGAAACUGGAGGGAGACUUCAGAUUCAAGCACAUGCAAAUCCGUGUCAAUGCAGAGUCUGCAGCUUUUUACAGAGCUGGUAAAGUGGAGCACAUGAGGACGGACCGCAGACUGCAGGCUCUGUUGUAUACUCAAAAGAGGCUCAUAAACAAAGAGCUCUGGCUUUAUAUUGGAGUGAACACAUUUGACUACCUUGGAGGAUUCCUGAGCUACAUUAUAAUCGCCAUUCCCAUUUUUAGUGGUGUUUACGAUAGCCUCACUCCUGGUGAACUUAGUGCUCUCAUCAGCAAGAACGCCUUUGUGUGCAUCUACUUGAUAAAUGGUUUCACGCAGUUAAUAGACCUGUCAACUACUCUGUCAGAUGUGGCUGGAUACACCCACAGGAUCGGGGAGCUGAGGGAGGUGAUGGAUGACAUCCUACGCAAGCAGUGCGACUACGACCCAGCAUCAGGAGAAAGCUACGACUUUGACAGUGACUUCAACAUCCACGCAGGCCCAGUGGACACGGCCUUCAUCGUGGACCAUCUUUCAUACAAAUCCCCUUUCUCCGACGAGCUGCUGGUGGAGGACCUGAAUCUGAAAAUCAGCCAGGGAACUCAUCUGUUGGUGGUGGGGAACACGGGCACCGGCAAGACUUCACUGCUGCGGGUCCUCAACCGUCUCUGGGAAGCACACAGCGGCUUUGUCCAGAUGACCACGUGCUUUGGGCCCAGAGGAACGCUCUUCCUGCCACAGAAACCCUACCUGACCGAUGGCACUCUGCGUGAGCAGGUGAUCUACCCACUGAAGGAUAUUUACCCUGCAUCAGGGUCGGUGGAUGAUGACAGAAUUAUACAAUUCUUGGAACUAGCCGGAGUGUCCAGUCUGCUGAAACGGACGGGCGGGCUGGAUGAGAAAGUGGAUUGGAACUGGUAUGAUGUUCUGUCUCCAGGUGAAAUGCAGCGUCUCUCCUUUGCACGACUCUUCUACCUGCAGCCCAAAUAUGCAAUUUUAGAUGAAGCCACUAGUGCUUUGACCGAGGAGGCGGAAGCACAGCUGUACCGAACUUGCAAACAGCUGGGCAUGACUUUGGUCAGUCUGGGACAUCGCAGCAGCCUGGAGAAGUACCAUGAUGUCCAGCUGAAGCUGUGUGGAGAAGGCCGAUGGGAGUUAACAAAGUUAAAAGGAACUAGCGGAAACCUCAGUCUCAAAGAUGAAGCAAUGUGACUGUGGCCAUCUAUUUGAAAUGCUUUAACCAGUGUUUAUGUUUACACAGUGUCUUUAGAAGAAUGUGAAAAUUCUUCCUAGAACCAAAUCAAACUAAUCCACUAUUAACUUUUGAUUUUUAGUGUGUGGACUAAAAAAAGAAAACUGGAAUUUCACCCAAUCACUUCUUGGUUCUGUUGCUUUUGUGUACGCCAUCUGUUAUCCCCAAAAAUGGCAGCUUCUAGACUGACCUGGUCUUCAGUGGAGACGGUGCUUUUAAUCUAAAUAUUUGUAAGAAAAAGAUAAUAAUCGAACACAUGCUGAAGAGAUAAGGUAUAUAGAUGUGGGGUGUACUGUAAGGCUGUGAUUACAUUGUAUUAAAUUAUAUACUAUUGACUCAACAUCGUCUAUCAGUGUGGGGAAUAAGGAACGUAAAGGGUCCUCGCCGUGUCACUCGCUAACAUUCCAGUGCUCUCAGACAGCACACUUUGUUCUGUUAACAGAGGUACUUUAAUAGUUUGAAGAAGGCUCGUGUGUCACACCACUCAAAAAGUUCUGGUCCCACAUAAAGUUCACAUUUUAAGAUAAAAACAAAAACAACUCUGUAAAUCUUUAAUGCAUUUAUGUGACUUUACAGUAGCUUAGUGUACAACAUUUCCAAUGGGAAAACGGUUAUUACUGUGUAAUAAACAGACUUUCACACAA